AUGUCGCUGCUCAACGCAAGGCCGCUGGACUUCGAUACAACCUGGAAGCUCCUGCAGAGUGAAGUGAGCAGGCUGGUCACAGACCCCACAGUCGGGAUCUCCAACCAGAAGUUCGUCCAGUGUCACACGUACAUCUACAAGAUCUGCACCAUACCGCAAGGCAGGGAGGGGAAGCCUCUCGCGGACCGCCUCUACUACGAGCUGAAGGGAUGCCUGGAGAGAGUGUGCAAGCAGAUUGCCAGGGAGCUGCUGGUGUCGAGCAACCUGCUGCCGCUCUACCUCGCCAAGUGGAAGAACUUCGCCAUCGGCUUGCGGUGUGUCAACGCCAUCUUCGACUACCUCAACAGGUUUUGGAUCAGGUCCCACUGCCAGGAGGGGCUGAUACCGGAGGACGGAGUGUACCCGAGCGUCCUUGAGAUGGGGACGGCGGUGUGGCGGGACAACGUGCAGGUCAUCCCGGUAGCGCAACAGAUGCUCGAGGCGAUGUGGAGCCAUAUCUGUGAAGGCAGGAAGGGAGCCCUGUUGGAGUUCAGCUUGAUCCGGGAGAUCCUCGGGGUAUACAGGGAGCUGGGCUGCCGGCCCGACAGCGGGAGGGUGUAUGACUCGGACUUUGCGGGCCCCUUUGUCCAGCUGACCUUCCAGUUCUACUCGCAGGAGGCGCUGGAGUUGAUGGCGGCCCAAGACUUUGACGCAUACGCGCUCAGGGCGCACGAGAGCAUAUCGUCGGAGCUGGCUGCGGCCUCGCGCUUCCUCCUCCCUGAGACGCUGCCAGAGCUCUGCAUGGCCUGCGAGAGGGCCUUCAUCGAGGAGCAGAAGCCUUGGCUACAGUCCAUCUUCGAGGCUCUCCUGCUGCAGGACGACAUGCGCGAGCAGCUCUGGCGGCUGUACGCGCUGCUAAGGAGGGUAGACGGGGCACUGGACGGGGGGAGAACGAGCCUCUUUGAGCUCAUCUCAAGGGAAGGGACGGCGGCGAUGGCGGCGCUGGAGGAGGGAGAGGAUGGGGAGGGCAGGCAGGGUAUCGAUCCAAGCAUGUUCCUGUCGACCUUCACGGAGCGACUGGAGUACUACUACACCCUCGUGCACGACAGCCUCGAGGAUGACGCCGAGUUCCUCAACGCCGUGGCAAAGGCGCUGGUCGUCGUCGUCAACUCCAUCAAGAGCUGCGCGCUGCUGCUCGCCCAGCAUGCGCACUCCGUGCUGGACAAGCACGGGGCCCGCGAGCGCGGGAUAGGAUGCGACACCGUCUCCGCGAUGACGGACGUUGUGACCUGCCUCAAGUACGUGCUUGACAAGGACAUCUUUCAGGAGAACUACGUCAGACUGUACGCACAGCGGCUGAUCCUGGAUUCGUCGAUCUCGCAGGAGGCGGAGGAGUUCAUGAACGAUUCCCUGCGGUCAGUCUGCUCCCCUGACUUCAUCUCCCGUCUGCAGAGGAUGCUGGCGGACAAGGUGAGGAGCAAGGAGCUGGAGGACGACUUCUACGACGACUACGAUGCCGACACGAGCGUCUGCGGCAUGCAUGUGCUCCUCCUCACUGCCGGGACCUGGCCCAUCGCCAUCCCCUCCCCCAUCCCCAUUCCCGACUGCCUGCGGCAGGGGAUCGAGACGUUCGAGGUGUUUUACGGGAGCAAGUACAAGGGAAGGAGGCUGUCUUGGAUGCUGCAGCUGGGCAAGGCCGAAGUUCGCGGGUUCUUCUCGAGGACGUACGAGUUCUCCGUGAGCAUGGCGCAGCUCUGCGUGCUGAUGGCCUUCAACACUGCCCCCUCCCUCUCCUUCCCGGAGCUCCUGACGAUGACCGGCUUCGAGGAGGAGGAGCUCGAUCAGGUGCUGCGGUCGCUUGCCAAGUCCAAGCUCCUCCUGCAGGUCAAGACGUCGGACGCUGCAGGCACAGAGGAGGGAGAUCGGAGCGGGGAGGAGUCGGAAGGGUCGGAGAGGAGGAGGGAGGAGAUGAAGAUGCUGGUGAACGACAAAUACAGCAACAAGAAGACGAGAGUGAGGAUCGUUCCUCACAUGGCCAUGGGGAAGAAGGAGGAAGCCAGCAACGCGGCUGCAGAGGAGCUCCCUCAGGACAGGAACCCGCAGAUUCAGGCUGUGAUCGUCAGGAUCAUGAAGCAUCGAAAGAUACUCUCGCACAAUGAUCUCACAAAGGAGGUUUGUUCCCUCCUGCCCAGACAUUAA